CCAAAACACUAUUGUAUUGUGCUUGAAUAACUUAAGCUGUUUAAAAUCCCACUAUACGUAAGUAUGAAUCGUUAAAGUAACACAAAGCGUUUAAUUUCGAUAUUCAAAAGCCGGAUGUGACGUUUUUAACGUGCUUGUUGAAGACGCGCGAAGAAGGAGCAUGGCGUCAACGAUAUGAGCAAAGCUACCAGCAAGCAUACAUUUGAUCACGUUGUCCUACUUUAUCACUGGCUAAUUUUGCUGAAAUAAACGAUUGCCAACGAAUGUGACGGUGAAAACGUCGUUUUGGAUAAAGACUUACUACAAUGACAACUUCAGUUCGGUUAAGAAUUAUUCUUGGAGAUAACAACUCCCAGAGGGUGAUUCUUCAAGAUGGACUGCCUACUUCUGUUGCUGAUUUAUCAAAGGAAAUUGCAAAGCAGUGCAGUCUCCAAGGAAAUUUUAGAUUGCAAUUCAUGGACCCAGACUUUGACAAUGACUUCAUGAAUCUCAUGUCCACAUCAGAAAUCCAAGACAAAAGUACCCUGAAAGUGGUAUUGUUGGUAACAUCAAGUGACCGUGAUGGCUUACCCAUACCACAUGUGGAAACAUCUCAAAAUGAAAGUGCAUGCUCUUCACUAGCUCCGUCACUCUUGUCCUGUGACACCCUUGUAUUGUCUAGUCCAUCUACUUCAGCAAACUCUGAAUCUUCUGCAAGUUUGGCUCCUGUGUUGUCAUCUAGUGUAAAGUCAUCUGCAUGGCCAGCUGAAUUCACUGUGCCCCGUUUCACAUAUGAUGCUGAGCUCAAACUGGAACAAGGAAAUGCAGCCUUUAAAACACAGGGCACUUUUCUCAUUCCUGACCCAAAGCUGAAAAUGUCCAUUUUAGAUGGACUUGCAGAAGAAAUUGUGAAAUACAAACUUUACCCCUCAGAUGGAGAAUAUGGUCAGGUGGCUGAAGCGCUCAUUAAAAAGCACCCUUGCUUAAAAGAGAGAGGUUCUGUAACUGGAUACAGUGGAUGGAAAGCCAGUUUAAAAUAUAAACUUGGCAAUUACAGAACAAAAUUGAGGAAUAUCGGCUGCACAGAAGUCACGGUUAAUUCAAUCAAGCAUAAGCCCGAUGGAAUAUCCAGUCCUGCAUAUCGUGUAAAAAAACCACGCAAGGCUGAGGUGAACUACUGCCCUUCCCAUCCACAAGGGGAAACGGAUGAAACUCUUGAGGCAGUCAGACAGACGCUUCUAAAUGAAGUAAAAAAGAAGAACAAUGAGAAGAAUGUAAGAAUGCUGAUGGACAAGAGUUUUUCCAUCAGAAGGCAUGAGGUGAUCCAGGAACCACUUAUUGCAGACUUCAAAACCAGGUGGCCUGCUCUUUUCCGAACAGAAGAGGUUUGUGCAGAAUUUGAGAGAAUUUCAACAGUCCCGUUGGUGUCAACAUUCUUUGCCAAGAUGGAUGCAUACAUUGCAAAGCUUAUGAAGAUUUUUGCGAACAGAGGUGGCGUCGCUGGGCAAAGAAUUAAAACCCUCUUGCUUCCUACUACACAGACUGAUGACAUUGAAGUGAAGAGGGAAUGCAUAACCAAAUCCCUGUGUGUUUACCUAAAUGAAGACCCUAGCAGUCUUAUUCUGGAGUUUAUGGAUACAGAUGGUGCCAGCGCUCAGGAGGCGAUCCAGAAAGCUGUAAUGGGGAUCUAUGUCAUAAGAUACGAAGGUACCAGCAUUGAAGACAGCCCAGCAGAUGUUGGAGUGGUGUUAGAAGGUGAAAAAGUUCUCCAGGACCUUUGCAGUGUACCAUAUGCAACAGCCAUGUUGCUGGGACUGAUAUAUGGACUAAACUUAAGCUACCCUCCUGAACUCAGGUACACUUUCGAGGCAUUCCAGAAGUUAUUUCUGGAGCUUGAUACCAACAAGUUAACCAAUAAAGUGCAAGCACUGAAGACAAAGCUCUUCUCUGAUGUGUUUGAGUAAGGUCUCUUUUUGGAAGGUUUUGUCGGUUACCUUUUAAAUGCCCAGUUUUAGGAAAUUAUGGUUGUUUACCAUUUUGCUGUUUUGUGUCGUUUUGUAAUGUGGGUUACACUUAUUCAACUUGUAUCUAUGUUCAAAAUUGUUGCAAGGUGACUAUUUCCAGUAGGUGCUCAGGGCACUUGUAAUUUUUGGUAAGAUCUAUCCAUUAGACUAUACAGCAGUGAUAUCAUUCAAGAUGUCAUUUGAUAGUUGUCGUUAGAUAUCCAUUCUUAGUGUAAAUUUAAAGUGUCUUUUACUUUAUUUUUAGAGGAAGUUGUGCAAGCUGCCAAUUUCUUGGAGGCUGCUUAGCAUAGAAGUUACUUAUUUUCUUUAAAAGUUGUUUAAUAUAUUACAGAAUUGAUUUCUAUAAAAUUUCUAACCUUGUGUUUUUUAUUUUUUUCUGAAUUAAGAGGAAGAAUUUUAUUUUUGUUGGCUUUUCUCAAAUAAUGCUUUGAAACUACAAAACAAUGUUAAUCCAUUUGCAAGUCUGUAAGAUUGAGGAGGCUGUUUAAAUCUGUUUAUUGUGCUUGUUUAACAAAUACAGUUUUAUCAUUUGUUACAUA